AUGAUGGCGAGCAACUCAGCAGGGACAGUCAGGGAAAGGGAUCAGAUGCAUCCGGAUGACCAGCUCGCUGAAGCGAUUCGCAGGUCUGCUGAGGAGCAACGUCAGAAGAUGCAGGAAGAUUACCGGGAGGAAUAUGAGAGGGCUGAACAGGAAAGGCGUCAGCAAUUGGAAGCCGAGGCAAAGGCCAAGGCUGACGCGGAAGCUAGGCUGCAGGCCUUGCCUGACCUGCCAGAGGCAGAACGCCUGGAAGCGGUACUGAAAGAGAAUGUGGAGCUCCAAGGCUCAAUGUCUCAGAUGAGAGAGGAGCUGAAUGCUUUGAAGCUGCAAGCUAUCUCCUAUCUCGAUGGCAAGGCGCGCGAGUUUUGGGACAGCAGGGAGCAACUCCUCAAGAUGAGUGAGCAGGUGAACGGUGGGCAGGAACCCAUUCUCACCAUGGAGCACUUCAAGGUCUCUAUGAUUGCUGCGUUUGGUGGGGUUGACCCUAUCACCCAGGCUUGGAAUGAGUAUGAGAAUCUUAAGCAGGGCAAGCAGGGCAAGCAGUCUAUGGAAGAGUACGUCAGGGCCACAGAGGCUUUGGUGGCUAAGCUUGGACCUCUGAACGGACCGUCCGAGAUGGACAAGAUCCAGAGGUUCAAAGCAGGUGUUCACUCAGACAUGCGGACCAAGGUGGCCACACGUUUGGACGGAUCUCGUUGGACCAGCUUUGCGGAGCUCGUCCAGUUCAGCGUCGGUGUGUGGCAGGCCAUCAAGCAGGCUCCGUCCCCUCCGGAAGAGACUGGACACCCUCGCACGUUCAACAAGAAGCGCAAGCAGGGGGAGCGCUCUGAUGACGUGGCAAGCGCAAGGAGCAACGGGACCAAGAAGCAGAAGGCCAAGUCUGGUGGUAGUGCAGGAGGUAGCAAGAACGGCAAGCCUCAGCAUAACUACCGUCAGAUGUCGGAUGAGCAGAAGAAGAAGUUGCAGACUGAGAAGAAGUGCUUCUUGUGCGAGAAGCUAGGGCACUUCGCUAGGGACUGCCCUACUGCAGAGAAGAAGAAGCAGGAAAACUAG